UUGUAAAGAGUAAUUUUGUGUGCUCAUUUCUCCUCUGAAAUAGAGAAUUAGAGAGAGCAACUAGAGAGAGAUGGAGAUGCAUGAGGCAACGACGGCGGCAGCGGGAGCUGUGAGCGGGGAAGCCAUGGAAGGCAUAUCGGAGAGACUGUCAAAGCUCGAAAACCUCUACUUCCCUCGCGCCGUUCAAGCCUCCGCCUCCACUCCUUCCCUGCGUAAAUCCCUCCUCCUCGACCUCCUCUCCCGCGACGUCCCUCUCUUCCUCGAACGCUACGGCCCGCAAUUGACCACCGACGAGCUCGAACAAUUCCACGCUUUGAAAGAAGACGAUUACGAAAUCAACUGGCAUUUGAGUCAUCUCCGGAGCUUAAUCAGCCCGACGAUGGAGGAUGUCAAGAGUAGGUCUGUCAAAAUCAAGAACCGGAGACGGGCCUACAUGGACAAGUUGAUGAAAGAGGGGCAGUACUUCUCGGAGGACGCGAUGAGGGAGAGAGAGCCUUACUUGCACCACGAGUAUGUUGGCAAGUUUCAGGAUCCUAGCGAGAGGAGCAUGGCCCGGCCCGGCGAGCGUUGGUCGGAGACGCUGAUGCGGCGGUCGGAGGAGGCCUUUUUGGUGGAGAAGAUCAGGGGGGAGCAACAGAGGUUGGGCGUGGCUCGUAGUGAUUGGGUUGGGAAUGACAGAGAGCAGCCAGAAGAAGCAGAGGAGGAGGAGGAGGAGGAGGAGGAGGAGGAGGAGGAAGAAGAAGAGGAGGAGGAGGAGGAGGAAGUAGAAGGAGAACAAAAUGAAGACACUGUAGCAGCCCAUGGGACCUUGCAUCCUUCUGAGGACCUCAUUUCGGGGAGGAUGAUUGGCAAUGCUAAGGAGAGAGAAGGCCUUUACUAUGUGCAAGGAUCGGCUGCAGCUCCUGCUUUUCUUUCUAGGGGGAGAACAGCAGAAAUCUGCUACAGAAAAAACAAAAAAAACUGCAACCGAUCCUAAAUCAAAGCUGCCACUCAAGGUAUAUUCAAGAAGAAAGGAUCUCGAACCAAGGCAAGACCAAUCAUUAUUCUUGGAACAAGGUCCAACACAUGGAGAGGGAGCAAGAAAUGAAUCAGCAGUGCCAAUUGAAGAUCUCAACAGAACACAGAAUGCUGAAUCAGAAACAGGAAAUUCGGAGGCUGAAUCAGUUGAUCUGGAUGUCCCAAUUGCUUGGAGAAAAGGGGUAAGAUCAUGUACUAAACACCCCAUUGCUAAUCAUUUGGUGUAUUCUCGGCUUUCCCCCUGUUUUAGGGCAUUCACUAUAAAGAUGGAUGAGGUGUACAUACCAAAAAACAUUGGUGAAGCUCUACAAAAUCCUAAUUGGAAAAAAGCUGUAAUGGAAGAAAUGGAUGCCCUAAUAAAAAAUGGCACGUGGGAACUGGUUGAACUACCUGAAAACAAGAAAGUGAUAGGAAGUAAAUGGGUUUUCACAACAAAACAUAGAGCUGAUGGGAGCAUUGAACGAUACAAAGCAAGGUUGGUGGCCCAAGGAUUCACACAAACCCAAGGUAUAGAUUAUGAAGAGACCUUUGCACCUGUUGCAAAACUCAAUUCUAUACGUGUGUUAUUAUCAAUUGCAACCAACUUAGAUUGGGAACUACACCAACUUGAUAUAAAGAAUGUAUUUCUGAACGGAGAGCUAGAAGAAGAGAUAUAUAUGAGAAUUCCUCCCGGAUUUGAAGAAAAAGGGAAGGUUUGCAGAUUAAUCAAAUCUCUAUAUGGGCUAAAACAAUCUCCUAGGGCCUGGUUCAAGCAAUUUAGUACCACAUUACAUCUGCUAGGGUAUCAACAAGGGCAGUCUGAUCAUACCCUAUUUACUAAACAUGCUGCUAAUGGUCUAAAAACAAUUUUAAUUGUCUAUGUGGAUGACAUUAUUAUUAUAGGUAAUGAUCAUCAGGAGAUCAAAGCUUUAAAAGAACAAUUACAGCAGACUUUUGAAGUAAAAGACCUUGGGCAGAUGAGAUACUUUCUUGGGAUGGAAGUAGCAAGGAGCAAGGAGGGAAUUCUUAUAUCCCAAAGAAAAUAUACACUCGACCUACUCAAAGAAAUAGGCAAGCUGGGUUGUAGACCAGCUAGUACCCCACUAGAACCCAAUUGGAAGGCCAAUAUAGAUGGGACAGGAAAAGAUGUAAAUAAGGAGAGGUAUCAAAGAUUAGUGGGGAGGCUAAUAUACUUAUCUCUUAUCAGAUCAGACAUUUCAUAUGCAGGAAGUAAAGUAAGUCAAUACAUGCACUCACCUCAUAACAAACAUCUUGAUUCAGUUUAUCAUAUCCUAAGAUACCUGAAAGGAACUCCUGGCAAGGGUAUUUUAUUCAAAAAAUACGAAGACCGAGGAAUUCAAGGGUUUGUAGAUGCUGAUUGGGCAGGUUCAGUUGAAGAUAGUAAAUCAACUUCUGGUUAUUGCAUAAAGCUGUGGGGAAAUAUUGUCACAUGGAGAAGCAAAAAACAGAGUGUGGUAGCAAGAAGUAGUGUUGAAGCAGAGUACCGGGCUAUAGCUCAAGGAGUCUGUGAAAUAAUAUGGCUGGAAAAAUUUAUGAAUGAUUUGAAGAUGACUAAUACUGAUCCUACAAGAUUAUACUGUGACAGUAAAUCUGCCAUCAGUAUAGUAAACAAUCCAGUUUAACAUGACCGGAUGAAACAUGUGAGAAUUGAUAGGUACUUCAUCAAGCAAGAGAUUGAAGAUGGUGGAAUAAACCUAAUGUAUAUUCCUACUGGCCUACAAGAAGCUAAUAUCUUUACAAAAGCAAUGAACAAACAAGGCUUUGAAGUGAUAAGAGGCAAGCUGGGAAUGAAGGAUAUCUAUGCUCCAGCUUGAGGGGUAGUGUUGAAGAUAAUAUUGGAAAAGAUAAAGCUGGAAUUAUAUCUUGAAGAUUUGAAACUAAAGGCGAGAUAAGAAGAUAGAAGAUAAAGCUUUUUAUAUCCGAAAAAUUAGGUUUUUUAUUAUCUAAAUAAGUUGUUAUUAAUUUGUAUUUUGAAUGUCCUAUUUUUUAGCUAGGAGAUAAGUUGUAUUGCUGUAUUUAACACAGCCGUCUACCAUAGAAUAGGGUAGAGUUUUUUGUGCUUUGGAUCACUUCUUAAUCAGAAUUUUGAUUCUCUAAAUUCUUCAAAUUAUAUUGGAAAAACUUUCAAUGUAUACAUUUCUCUUUAUUUUUUCUUCUGGAAAUAUCAAUUAGAUAUGUAAACUUUAUGUAUUUCCCAAAGAAAUUGUUCUCUGAACAUAAAAAAAGAAGAAAAAGAAAGAUGUUUUGUUGUAUUUAGUUAAUACAUCAUGAAAAGAUACUUAUUUUUAAGUUAAGUGAAGUAUUAAAAUUUAUAAAUUUUGUGAAUGAUAAUUUCAGAUUAUAAAUUGUGCCCCACAAUAUAAAAUUUCUGGAUCUGCCCCUGCUUCAGCCUUUAAUCAUGACUCCCUAGAAGUCUCUUAAAGAGGGAAACCUAGGUCCUUGAGCAUUGAAGGUCCUAUUGUUAGAGAUCAAUAAUAAGGUUCUGGGAGUGCAAUUCAGCAUGGAGUAUGCAUUGGUUCUGGAUGGCUGGGGCAGUUUAUGGUGAGUGGAACACUUGCUGAAGAGUUCCAUUACCUGAGACUUGGAGGUGUGAGUAUCCUUGCAAUGAUUAAGGAGUGCUCAGGUAGAAGAUUUCAUUGAUUGAGCCAAUGGUGUGACAUGAGUUUCCAAGGACUCAAGCAAAGUGUUCCAUUACCCAACUAGUUGCCGCUAGCAUCAUCCUCAUGAUAAUUGCUUACAGUAGGACACCACUUUACCUUUGCUGAAUUGAGUCUCCAGCUCCAAUGAGAGCUUAAGGAGGCUGGCACUUGGAGAUACAUCAUGUUGCUUGCUCAUUGAAGGGAGUGAUUAUAUCAACCCAUUUACCACCUCAAUGAGGGCCAUAUUUGGAGAGUCAUAUUAUGAAGAGUUGACCCUUGGGAGGGUGUUUAGAGAAUUAGACAGUUCACCACCUGGCAUGCCACCUUGGAGUAUAUAACAUGUAAACAGUAGGUGUACUUACAGUAGAAAAUCAAGGUAAGAUGUGGAUCUUCUAUGCUUGAUUUGUGCUCUAUUUUCUUCAGUUGAUUGCCAAACUACCCCGUGCCCCAGGGAUACACUCGCAUAUGCAUGCUAUGAUGCGGUUGCCAACUUGGAAUUAGCUCUUAGUUUGAUUGCUUUAAUUUUUUGUGCCCCACUCUCUCCCACUCUUUUUGAUUUUGGCACUGUUAAGGAUUUUUAGAUGGUUGCUUUUCUGAUUCAAUUUGUUAUAAGCUGAGAUUGUUUCCAAUAGUGUUGUGAUAUUUUGCAUUGUUGAAAGCUAAAAACUUAAACUGUUUUUAUCCCAAAUAAUAGAGGAGCUGGAAUAUUAGAAGCACAAGCAAGAAUGCAAUCCAUGUACUUGUGAAUUGGGACAUGGCACAAAAUUAGUUCUAUGGUCACAAGCAAUGCAUCUGAACAUCUACUCUAAAUAACUCUUAUGGGAAAUUCUGUUUGUACCCACCUCUUUUGCUCUCCCCAGCCACCUUCUACAAUUACAUAAUUAUUUUCCAAAAAUACCCUUGUACACAACCAUCCCAUUUGCAUCGCUUAUCAUCGCCAGCGAUCAUCGCACUUGUCGGCGGCCAUGACGAAUGCGGCUGCCCAUCUUUGCACUCGCCGGAAGCCACAAGGAACGUGGCCGCCCAUCAUCGCAAAGCUCCCACCGGCGGCCUCAUCACCGGCUGCCCGAGGAACGUAACCGCCAUCAUUGCACCCGAACCCCAGGGUUCGGGGAGCAUCUGGUGGCCAUGAGGAACGCCAGCGAGAGAGAGAGAGAGAGAGAGAGAGAGAGAGGAAAGUGGGUGCGAUGAUGGUUGGGAGGUGGGAGCUGAGAGCUGAUGGUGGCCAUGUUCUUCACGGCCGCUAGUGGGAGCUUGAGUCGUUGACGAUGAUGGGUGGCUGCAAGCAAGGGUAAAAAUGACUUUUUCCUUUAGGUGUUUUUCAAUGUGGGUGUAGAGAGCAAAAAGGGUGGUUGCAUAUAGAAUUUCCCUAACUCUAUUGAUUUUGGCCUAUGAUUCAUUUUCAUUGAUAUACUUGCUUUAUGUUGUACCCUGUAAAGCAUGGCUGUUAAGGGUCAGAGCUGUUCUCAUUUUCGCUGAUUGAUGAAGUUACAGGAUGCUCUUUGUUCUUUUUGGCUUUACUGUUUUAUUUAUUGAUAUAUAUAUAUAUAUAUAUUUUGGGUGGGGGGGGGGGGGGGCAAGCAUGGAGAUGUAUAUCACUUAUUUAAAGAGAAGGUACAGUGACAUAUCAGCGAAAAAGUGCUAGACAUAAAAAUUGAAGGUAUCCCAGUGGCCAAUAAAUGUUUAAAAAUUAAUGCUUCCAGUGUUCUGGAACACACAGUGAUCGAAGCAAGUGCAAUCCAAAAUAUAAUGCGUAAUUAGCUAAAUUGAUGUCACCCUUCCCUACUCAUGUUGCUUUAGGCGCAUUUCAUUAAGCUUAGAAUCAUCAGUAUGGGUACAGAUAUGGAUGGACGCAGGGCUUGGCACCGAUAUGGAUAUGAAUCAUGUUAGUGCCAUAAAAUUUAGGGUAGAAAUGGCCCGGCAUAUAGGAAAAAGAUUAAAAGAAAGGGGAAGAGAGGGCAAGUUUUGAUGAUUGAUGUUGUUUAUGAGAAAGGGGUAGGGAAUUUGUUGACCUGUCUUCUUUUGGAUUGUACAGUAGCCUGGGAAUUCAAACAUAUCUGUCCCCUGAUCUUGUAGUUUAGUGGAUCUUGCUGGUCAGAGCUUCUUAGUGUUUGGGGCCAAGGUUUGUCCUGAUAAGCAUCGAAGAUACUUAUAGUUGGUCUCCCCUUUCUGUGUCAUGUGGUUUAUUUGGCAUGGACAUAAUUGUAGAGCUUUUGAGUGUAUGGAAGACAAAACUUUUAGUUUGAAGGGGAUUAUUCUCAUUUCCUUGGUUUUAUGGUUGAUCCCUUCUUUUACUAACUUGUGGUUUAUUUUGCGUGGGGAUAUGUAGAGCUUUUCUGAGGGUAUAGAAGACAAUUUCUUAGUUUGAAAGAACUUUUGUUGUUUGCUUGUUUUUGUGGUUGAGGGAGGAUGUUGACUUUGUCUUUGCUACUCUUUUUGUCUGUGUUUUUUUGGGAAAAUGUUGUUGCAUAAAUGGUUUUAGUUGUUUUUCUUUUCUUCUCUACAAUGGUGAACCGUGGCAUUGCUUCUAUUUUAAUAGAUUUCUUUUCUCUA